GGACGGAAAGAAUGAACCACUGGUAAACAUCGUGGAAAUGUGCAAAGUUUAUGAAGCCGCUGCGGAGAACAAGCAAUUACUGGAGCGUAAGGAAGUGAACAAUAUCAUCGAUAAAACCGUAAAGGAGAGCAGUGAAAUCGCAGUUUUGAAGUCACCAAUGUGCUACAAUUGUGGACAACCAUUCAACGGGCGCCACCGUCGCUUCUGUCCGGCAAUUGAUGUUGUCUGCGAUGGAUGUGGCCGUCGCGGUCACUUCAAGAAGUUCUGCAAGGCAUACAAGUACAAAAGCAGCAAUCAGAUCGGAGACAUCAAGGGUCACAACCAUACAGGGGGCACGUCGGUUGGAGCUUCAAAACGAGCAGUAGUCACCAAUAAAACCCAUGUGCUGAAUUGGGCAGAUGCAGAAUAAAUACGAAUACCGUGCGACCGAAAAAUGGACCAAACGAUACCUGAUCCAGGACAUGCCUGUGGAUUUUAAACUUGAUACCGGCGCAGACGUCAAUUGCAUUCCGUUAAAUAUUAUUACCAAAAUGAAUAUUCCGUUUUCGAAUAAACGAUCUUUCAACGUAGUUGAUUAUAGUUCCAACAAAGUCGAAAUACAUGGCCAGGUCAAUCUAAAAUGUCUGGAUGAGCGUAAGGGUACAAUUCAUUCUGCUGAAUUUCUCGUUGUGGAUAGUUCAUGUGAACCGUUACUGGGUCUUGAGUCAUGUGUGGAUUUCGGUCUUAUUGCGCGUUUACAUCGUUUGAAAUCAUCUACUUCUUUCCCCCCUGGAAGAGAACAGUUCAUCGCAGCUAACUUGGAUGUUUUUGAAGGGUUAGGUAAAUUACCGGGUGCUUGUACCAUAGUACUUAAAGAAGAUGCUGUACCUUCCCUGCAUUAUAAGAAACGUAUUCCAAUGAGUUUGCACGAUCGUCUUAAAACGGAACUACAAUCCAUGGAGGCAGAAGGCAUAAUUAGUCCGGUAGAUUACCCCACAGAUUGGAUCAACAAUAUGCAGAUUGUAGAAAAGUCUGAUGGUUCAUUGCGCAUUUGUCUGGACCCAAAACCACUGAAUGCGUGUAUCAAAAGGGAGCACUUUCUAAUUCCAAAGUCAGAGGAUCUUCUAAGUCGUAUGUCAGGGAAAAG